ACUUAGACAGUAAUAAAAUCUAGGAAUCACCAAAGCUCGGUCAUAAAUGGAAAAUACAACCUCAUCAUAAAAGCCAGUUAAUCAGUCAACAAUGGGUUAAAUUCAAAAAGAAAUUCCUAUUGUCAUCGCACACACUUGCCUGUUUAGAGUGCAGUGAAGAAGCAGAAGUAAAAUAGGCGUUUAUGGGAUGGCUCUGGGCAGCACGCUUUCACUUCUGCUUCCGUUUGUUUGGUUGGAACAAGACACGCCGCUACGAGUAGAAAGUCACUGAAUGAGCAGCAGGGUUUUUACAGUCUUCUAACUUCGUCGUUACAGUUGAAUGAUGAGGAACAAGAGUAUAUCCCAAAGGUGAAUAUGGCAUUGUCCAGCUGUGUAGCUCCCGCUUUGAUUGCUGACUCCACCUUGGAAGGCUGGGAGGUUAUCGGCUCCGGAGGGUUUGGACAAAUCUACAAAGCCAGACAUAGUCAGUGGUGCUGCGAUGUUGCCGUUAAACUGCUUCAUUACGAUGACGGAACCAGUUCAUCUUUGCUGCGAGAAGUCGACAUGAUGCGUCAAGGAAGCAGCCCGUAUGUUAUUCAGGUCCUCGGGGUCUUCAAGGGUCGACUGCCCGCCUCUGGACCAUCAACACACCUCGGUCUGGUCAUGGAGUUCAUGGAGAGAGGAACACUGGCCUUCCUACAGGACACCUUACGUGGAGCCCCGCCCUGGCCGCUGGUCUUCAGACUGGCUCAUCAGGUGGCUCUGGGUAUAAACUUCCUCCACAGUCUCUCCCCUGCGCUGCUCCACCUGGACCUGAAGCCCAGCAAUGUGCUGCUGGACACCUAUCUCAACGCCAAGCUUACAGAUUUUGGCCUUGCCAGAUUUUACCACAGCGUCAAGCGGAUGUCCAAGAAGAACAUCGAAGAGGAAGGGGGAACAAUCAGCUACAUGCCACCGGAGGCAUUUGGCAUAUCGUACAGCCCUACACGAGCCUCUGAUAUCUACAGCUAUGGUAUACUCCUGUGGUCCCUUGUCACAGGGAAACAGCCAUAUCCAAAUGCAAUGUCCAGCAUCGUGCGGUUUCGCAUCCCACAGGGAGACAGACCCUCGAUGGAUGACAUCAGGGGUCCGGCCGCAGGGCUGGCAGGUCUGGCAGGACUGAUAGAGCUCAUGCAGAGAAGCUGGAGUCAAAAACCCGCUGAAAGGCCCACUUCUCGUGAGUGUACAACUGUGACAGAAGAACUGUACAAGAUGCACAAACAUGCAAUUAUUGAUGCAGUCCAUCAAGUGCUGAAAAAACUGGACCAAAAGGAAGAAGACAGAAUAACAGAACAGGUUCAAAGAGUUCAUAUCACUCAGACUUCAGAGUACGCCAGAGUUCAAGCUGCCAAUGUCUGUGAUAACGUGCCAACAGGACGCCCACCGAUUCAGGAAAUGGCCAAUGGUUGGACUGCAAAUCUCAACGGUGAACCACAAGUCAAAGAUCUGCCUUCAUCUCGACCUCCAAGAGUGUGUCACGUUUACCCGGGCCACAUGUCAUCAGGCUUUAAAGUGAAGCUUUCCUCUGUUCAUCCCAUUCGUUCGUUAACACCGUCUCCUCCGUCUGAUCCGACCCCUGUGACUCCUGCGACCCCUACGACCCCUGUGACUCCUGUGACUCCUGCGACUGGGAGGUCACCUCAAGGCAGAACAGCAAAAAUCCCUCAGUCGGCUCUUAGAGCAAACCUGUUUCCACAGUACCAGCGUCAGUUUUCCAGCCCCGACACUUUCCCUUGCCAUUCUCCCCCCACUCGUGGAAUCUGCAUCCAACUCAGCAAUGUAACUGGAUUUCAGCAUGGCAAUAACAACACCAUGCACAUCAAUGAGUAUGUCGCAGACUCCCUAGAGAGGAAACGGCACCCAACGGCACCAUCUAGAGUUGAUCUUCCGCCUCAACAUUUAGGAAGCUGGAAGAACAAGACAGGAGGACCCGGCUGAGUUGAUGUGAAGCUUUCUGAUUACAGGUUCUCCAUACUUCUUCUACAGUUCUCUAAGUUUGGUUGAUGCUUUCUUGCAUAACAGGAAGGUCAUGUUUGGUAAGAGAGUCUCCAUGUGUGGAGGCAAACAGCUAUAUUUUACACCUUUUUUUAAAAAAAUGUUUUUGCUUUUCAAAUCUGGGCAGGAUUCAGAUAUUGUUUUACUGUAGUCCGAGCUUUUGAAAUUGUGCUUUUGGAUUUUUAAAAAUUUUUUUUUUACAAUCUUUAUUUAUUUAGCUUAUUUUAUUCUAAAAUUAAAAUUAAAAGCUCACAACUCAUUUUUGCCCUGUCAGCAAUAUAAACAUGAGCCAAGUCUGGUCAUAUGGUUUUGCUUUUUCACCAACUGUGGUCGACAAAUAUCCACAGUCAUGGUGCCAGCACACUAUCAGGUGCCAGAAAUCGCCUGAAAACAAGAACCCAGAGAAUGUAAUAGAGCUUAUUCACAAAAUACGUUUUAUGGUAGUUUGAGCCUAUUAAUGCCAAAUGCACAUAUAAGGAGUAAUAGACACUCAGGGAAUAUUAUAAUAUAUAAUAUCAAUUAAGUAAACUAAUCAAUACUCGUAGCAUUUUCUUUAUCCUGGAACCUCCACGUGUUUGGUAUGUUAUGGAGGUUAAACAGACAACAAGAAUAAUUUGCAAGUAUUGUUUUGAUUCAGGCUUGACCACUUUUAUCUGCACUGACAAAUUUAAUUUCAAUUGUCAAAAUAUACUGUGUAUAUUAAUAUAUGUGUGUGUGUGUGUGUGUGUUUCUGGAAAGUGCAAAUGCUCUUUCACUUCAUUGCACCAUAUAGGUCUAUUAUUACAAACUCAGGUCAUGGUGCCAAGAAAUGUUCAGACCAAAAAACUUGAUUAUACAUUUUAUAUACAUUUUCAAAAAUUAUUUUAAUGUGUGUAUUUUAAAGUAAUUUUCUAAGAAUGUCCAACAUGACAUUGAAUUUUUUUUUUUUUUUGCAGAAUGUGCAUAAAAUGAUGAGCAAGACUUUUGCUGUCAUAAAUAGUUGGCUUCUUGCAUUUGAAUACUUCACUCAGUCGAAGCGUGAUGUAGCUUCAAUGAAGUGUUGGAACAAACAUUUUUGCAGUAUGUAAAAAUGCUUUAUUUUAAAGAAUAAGUCUGUUGUUAUUGUGUAUUAUACUUACUGUCAACAAAUCCCAUGAAAAGACCAAAAAGCAACAAUGUGUUAGUCCCUCUUUGUGGCUCUCAGCUCCAAGGCUGUAAGUUCCCAUUGAAGGUAUUAAUCUUUAAAAAUGGGUCACAAAUAUAUAGUCUCAUUUUUAAGAAAUGCUCAAUAAUUUCCUAAAACAGCUGGACACUGUAGUUUUUAGCAAAUGUCACUUGAACAGGAGUAAACAGUGCAUUUCUUGGGGACUAUUUUGAGCGGCAGAUGAACACACACAUUCGGUACUAUAGUGAGUUUGUCCAGCAGCUGGAUGGUGUAUGUGGGGUUGACUCACAGUAAACUACAGUGGACAGUUCAAGCUACAUGAGGCUUGGGAUACACAGACAAUACUGGUCUUUUCAUAAGAUUUGUGAUGCCUUAUCCUUUAACUCUGAAGGUACUUCAGUGGAAAUAUACAGCACGGGAAACAUUAAGAACCUGGUGAUUGUAGUAGUUGAAAAGUAAAGUUUACUGUGAUUCAUAUAACUUAAUAAAUGCAAUAUUUGUACUCAAAAGCUGUGGGUGUUAUAUUUAUGUGUUACAUUCUAUAUUACAUUUCAAUCACCAAAACCAGGGUCCCUUUUUUAAAGAUUUUUUUUUUCUACAUUUUUACCCUUAUUGGACAGUCGAUAG